CUGGCGUCUUCCCCGCAGGGCCAUUGUUCCCGGCGCGCUCCUCCCAAUGUCGGGGAGGGAGCCCCCAACCUCCUCACCUUUUCCAGGGGGGAACUUCCAAAGGUGUUUCUAAAACAUAGCUUCAGCUAGAGGGUGCCUUUUAAGCUGUUCAAGGUCAAAAUGAAUACAGACUCCAAGGAGGUUAUAUCCCUGGAUGUUCAAGCUCGUGAUGUUUGGGAAGAACUGACAGUGAAAGCAGAGGCAGAAAGUCACCUCCAAAUGCAGGAAUCCGGACUGAAACGCAAUAAUCCACUGGCAAGGGAGAUCUUCCGAAGGCGCUUUCGACAGCUCUGCUACCAAGAGACCCCUGGACCAAGGGAGGCUCUCACCCGACUCCGGGAUCUUUGCUACCAGUGGUUGAGGCCGCAUGUGAGCACGAAGGAGCAGAUUCUGGACCUGCUGGUGCUGGAGCAGUUCCUGUGUAUCCUGCCCAAGGAGGUGCAGGGCUGGGUGCAGGAGCAAUGUCCAGAGAGUGGGGAAGAGGCAGUGAUUUUGCUGGAGGAUCUGGAGAGAGAGCUCGAUGAACCACAGCACGAGAUAGUAGCCUACAGACACCGACGAGAAGUCCUCUCUAAAGAGACAGUGUCUCUAGGAGAGCAGAUGUCACUGGGCCUUCAGUCCCAGCCUAAGGAGCCCCAGCUCACAUGUGACCCUGCUCAGGAGCCCCACCGUAUCGGAAAGACAGGCACAUUUCUGUUUUGCAAACCUGUUGUCAUCUCCCAGCUAAAAGGAGGAGAAGAACCAUGGUCUCACCCCAGAGGAGUCCUAAGAGGUACCUGUUCAGAUGGAAUGACCAAGACUGAGGACAGAGAGUUGAUGCUAAGGAAAGACUGUCCUGAGAGAGUGGAACCACAUGGGAAAAUGUCUUACGGACAGACCUGGGAGAUAUCACAGCAGGAUCCGCGACACAGAGAAGUUGAUGACCGCAAGGGUGGGGUAGAGAGGCACUGGGGAAACCCCUUAGGAGCUGGACCACACAGAUGUGAAGAAUGUGGGAAGAGCUUUGCUCAGAGCUCAGGUCUCGUUCGACAUCAAAGAGUUCACACUGGAGAAAGACCCUACGAAUGUAAUGAGUGUGGGAAAACCUUCAGUCGGAGUUCGGGUCUUUUUAAUCACCGAGGAAUCCACAAUAUUCAGAAACGGUACCACUGUAAGGAGUGUGGGAAGGCCUUCAGUCAGAGUGCCGGUCUCAUCCAGCAUCAGAGAAUCCACAAGGGAGAAAAGCCCUAUCAAUGCAGCCAGUGCAGCAAGAGCUACGGUCGGCGUUCAUUUCUCAUCGAGCAUCAGAGAAGCCACACAGGGGAACGACCUCACCAUUGCAACAAAUGUGGGAAAAGCUUUAAUCGCCAUUGCAACCUUAUCCGCCAUCAGAAGAUCCAUGUGGUGGCUGAGCUGGUCUAAUCCAAGCUGUGUGCACGUUUUCCAGAUCACUGGCCAAGUCGUGCAGGGUAUGACUGAAAUUCCAGUCUUAUUCAUGGGACUGUGGACUACCCAAGCCAGGAGAGUCACCACUGUUACCUGUACAACAGCUGAUGAAUAAUGUAGGUGAGGGGUACUGUUCAUGAGAAAUAAUAUAGGUGGGUAGAAAUCUUACUGGAUAACUGAAGCUCUGGGUAACAAAGCUUCUAGUGCUAAUUUUGCUACUAAUUAGAUGGGGAACUUGAGCAGUCCCUAAAUUUCUCUGUGUUUCAGCACAGAAGUGAAUCUUUUAGUUUCUAGGGGGUCUUUAAAAGUGACCAUGGGGAGGAGUUAAACUAAAAUAUUUUUAAAGAGUCUACAAAUUAGCCAUAAUACCUUUAAUUUUGUCUGGUAGCAAGGUGACUGUUCCUCAAGAGGUAAAAGCAGUGCAAGAGUUAAAAUGUGUCUAGAGUGAGUGCUGGCCUCCUAUACCAAUAUAUGUAUAUAUCUUGAGGGAAUUAGAAUUAUUAAAAAAGCAUUAUGCAUGCAAAGCUUUAUCACUAUAAUACUGAAAGGGAAUAUAUAUCUAAGGAAAAUUCAUAAGUAAUGCUCCAAAUCAUGAGAUAGAUGUGUAUGUAUAACCAGAGUCUUUGACCCAAGAACAAAUACAUGCAAAAGGACAUCGACAAAGACUGUUGGACAUAUUUUCUCAGAUUUUAGGGGUCUGGGAUUUCAUUUUACUCUAGUAACAAGCUAAUUAACUUAGCCUGUGAUUGUUUCAUGGAAUCUGGCAUAAAAUACGAGUUCCUGGGUCAGAAACAAAGGAUUUUAUAUGAUUCCAAGGAGGCCCAAUGCCUUUCACAUUUUGCCUUCAGAAUUUCAUUGUGUUUCGCCAAUGCAUCGAUGCCCGCCCACCUCCCCACCCCCAAAUAGCCAUACUAUUUCAAAGUCCUUGUAAUUGUUAUUCUUCUCCAAUUCUCAAAAACCUUAGGCAUGACAGUCCUCCUUGGGCCUUUUGUGCUCCUACAUGUCUUGUUGCAUGGGUCCAGGAUAUAAGGUCCUGAUCUUUUUUUUACUUUUUUUCUUUUUUUCCCAGCCCAUUUCUUAUAGAUAGCAAGCCUAACACUUGUUAUUCAUAGAUAGCAAACAGCAUGAGAUCAUCGUAUUUGCAUCAGUUGCCCUUGCCCCCAAGUUCCAAAGAGGUGACAUGAUGGGCUCAGGUGGAUGCUAUACACACAACAUGCCUAUGUUGCAUCCAGGGAAGCCUGAAUUUAGGAAAUCCUCAGCUUUUAUAACAAGCAGUAAGUAAGCCUGGUAAUUGACCACUGGGAUAUGUUAUCUCAUCUUUCAAGAUUACCAGCUACGUAAACAAUCUUGAGGAAUAGACUGGUAAAAUGACCAGGGUCUUGUCCUAAUUCUGUUUUGUUCUUUUAUUCCUUUUUUUAAAACAUU